AUGCAGUGUACUUUCCGCUUCAGAACGACGCUUUCCCUAUGGACUUUGCUCAUCGGAAGCUUUAAUAUUGCAGGUCUAGGGCCAUGGCCGAGCGUAUGGGCGGAGUCUCUAGACGCAGUCAAUUUGUCAGCGGUGUCAGGAGGAGACAUAACACUGCCUUGCGACUCUCACUCUCCACCACCGCCUGAUGCACUACUACUCGUCGUGUGGUAUAAAAACAACAUACCUAUUUACAGCUACGAUGGGCGCGUAAAAGGGCCCUCUGCACUCUGGGCGGAUGCAACGCUGGUGGGCCGUGCUGAAUGGCACCUUUCUCCAGAAUCUGUGCUCCACAUCCGAAAUGUCGUUCCAACAGAUCGGGCCCUUUAUCGCUGCAGAGUUGACUUUAAAGUAUCUCCAACAAGAAACUACAAGUACAUGCUACAGGUGAUCGAACUUCCAGAAAAACCAAAAAUUUUUGAUGAAAAGGGUAAAGAAGUUAUAGGAACGGCUGGACCAUACGUAGAAGAUUCAAGUCUCAAGCUUACCUGUGUUGUAAGUGGAGGUAAACCGAUGCCACGCAUAAGAUGGUGGAAAGAGGAAAAAAUUAUGGCUCAACUGGAUCCAGUCGAGGAUGAAACACGGCUCAGUGUCCUGGAACUAAGGAUUCACUCUUUAAAGAGGGACCAUUUCGAAACAGUUUACAGUUGUACAGCAGAAAAUACCGCGAUUGUGCCGCCUUUACGAGUAAACGUGCAAAUACAAUUGUACUUGAGGCCAUUAUUUGUUGAAAUCUUGGAGAGAGAGCAGCCAUUGUCUGUGGGCCAAGAAACGGAUAUCGCUUGUAAAGCUGUUGGUGCUAGACCACCUGCAACCAUAACUUGGUGGCUUGGUGAUAAAAACAUGGUCGUGAAUACACCACAGACGAACUCAGAAGACCGUAAUGAGACGAUAUCGUUCCUACGUUGGACUCCGCGAAUGGAACACGAUGGCCAAGUACUCACCUGCAGGGCAUCCCAUCCAAUACUAGAACACGCUACUUUGGAAACUACUAUAACACUUGAUCUGCACUAUGUUCCCAUAGUCCAACUACAGUUAGGUUCCAAAUUGAACCCUAAUGAUAUUGAAGAGGGCGAUGAUGUUUACUUCGAAUGCAUCGUGCGAGCAAAUCCACCAUCUUACAAAGUUGUUUGGGAGCACAAUGGUCAGGUAAUGACACACAACCAACGUGCUGGAGUAAUAGCUGGGACGGCGCACCUCGCUCUACAGGGAGUGUCGCGGGAUCAAGCCGGACAGUAUGUCUGCGUAGCUAGCAACGUGGAAGGGGAUGGACGAUCACUUCCUGUGUUUCUUCAAGUUAUUUAUAAACCUAUAUGCAAGAAUACGAUGACAGCAGUAAUAGGCGCAGCUAUCAAUGAGGCAGCUAAAAUCACCUGUGCAGUCGAUGCCUCCCCACUGCCAAAGAACUUUCAAUGGACACUUAAUAACACUUUGGGAACUAUUGAGUUAGAUACGGGAAAGUUCACAAUAGAAAAGUCGGGUCGUUCAAUUCUCACGUACAUACCAACUUCUGACAUGGACUACGGGUCGUUGGCCUGUCGAGCUACAAACUUGGCGGGACAACAAAUAGAACCUUGCAGAUACACCCUGCUACCAGCCGUCAAGCCGGACCCGCCUACUAACUGUUCGACCUUGAACUUGACUGAUGACUCAGCCGAAGUAAAAUGUGUUGCUGGCUAUGAUGGAGGUCUCCAGACUACGUAUUUUGUGGAAGCAUGGGAAGCGGAUGAAUUAAUAGCAAAUGUGUCAACAAUACUUCCCGUUUGGAAGUUACAAGGGCUUGGAUCUGGGAAGGCAUUACAACUUGUAUUUUACGCGAACAACGCAAGGGGGAGAUCUGAAAUAACUGUGCUUAGAAUACACACGUUGUCAAGAUUAGCAUUACAUACGGAAGCGAAGAAUAAUUAUAUGAUAAUUGACACGAACUGGGCCCUGGGUAUUGUAGCGGGUGCAUUGGGUACGCUUGCUGCUGUAGCUGUUAUAACAGUCUUGGCUCGCAGGCGACAGAGGCCCUUGGAGUAUGAUGUUCCAUUACAAAAUAUGAAAGCGUGUAAGGAUGCAAUACAUAGCUCCAACCAUUCACCUAUACAAGACGACAAGAACCCAGACGUUGUACCUCUUGGAAAAGACUUCACUAGUACAAGAGAUUCUGAGCUCCCUCCGGAACCGCCGCCUUACGGGAUAGCCCUAUCGAGUAUUCAACCGGUGGGUGCGUCCAAAAGCGCGCACAUACUCCACGAUCGAACGAACACACCGCACUCUCUUAAUGCAUCUGGGUCUGAAGGACAGAUUCACCACAAUGCUACUGUUGUGUUGGACUAUGCUGCUCAGCGUAUAGCGGGUCAUAGCCUAGCGAGGUGCCCAUCGUUGUCUAACAGGACGGCUAUGUUAAUAGCCGCCGUCAAACUGAAUCUUUCACUAGAGGGUUUGUUACUGGAUAUGUUCUCGAGCAAGUGUGCCUAG